UGAGACCUUCGAGAAGUGCUGCCCCAAUGUCUGCGGGACGAAGAGUUGCGUGGCGGCUCGGUACAUGGAUGUCAAGGGGAAGAAAGGGCCGGUGGGGAUGCCCAAAGAGGCCACCUGCGACCGCUUCAUGUGCAUCCAGCAAGGCUCAGAGUGCGACAUCUGGGACGGGCAGCCCGUCUGCAAGUGCAAGGACAGGUGUGAGAAGGAGCCCAGCUUCACCUGUGCUUCUGACGGGCUCACCUACUACAACAAGUGUUACAUGGACGCAGAAGCUUGCAUAAAAGGCAUUACUUUGAACGUAGUCACCUGUCGAUACCAUCUCACCUGGCCAAACACCAGCCCAAUCCCACCAGAAACAACAGCUCGCCCUACUACGGCCUAUUCCGAGACGACGAUCAUCGAUAUCUUGCCACCGGCAUUGGUGAACAACCCCGUCCAUCAGUCAGUCUAUGUGGGAGAGACUGUCAGCUUCCUCUGUGAUGUUACAGGGAGACCCAAGCCGGAAAUUACGUGGGAGAAGCAGGUUGAGGGGAAAGAAAAAGUCAUUAUGAAGCCAAAUCACGUCAGAGGGAACGUUGUGGUCACUAACAUAGCCCAGCUGGUCAUCUACAACACCCAGCUGCAAGACGCGGGUAUCUACACCUGCACUGCCAGAAACAGCGGCGGCCUUCUCAGGGCUGAUUUCCCACUGUCCGUCAUCAAAGGAGAACCUGCAUCCAAAGAAGCUGCCCAGAACAGAACACACUUUCCAACUGAUGAGUGCCUGAAGCAACCAGACAGCGAAGACUGUGGAGAAGAGCAGACCAGGUGGUAUUAUGACGCAAAGAAAAACAACUGCUUCACUUUCAUUUACGGGAACUGUAACAGCAACCUCAACCACUUUGAGACCUAUGAGAACUGUAUGUUAACGUGCAUGAACGGCCCAAUCAACAUUUGCAACCUACCAGCCCUCCAAGGUCACUGCAAAGCCUACGAGCCCCGAUGGGCCUACAACAGCUUGACAAAGCAGUGCCAGUCCUUCAUUUAUGGUGGGUGUGGAGGCAACGAGAACAACUUUGAGAGCAGGGAGGCCUGCGAAGAGAUGUGCCCCUUCCCAAAGAACACGCACUGCAAAGCUUGCAAGCCGCGCCAGAAGCUGGUGACGAGCUUCUGCAAAAGCGACUUUGUGAUCCUGGGCCGCAUCACGGAACUGACCGAAGACCAAGACUCAGGACAUGCGCUGGUGACAGUGGAGGAGAUUCUCAAAGAUGAAAAAAUGGGAUUAAAGUUCCUGGGGAAGGAACCCCUGGAAAUAACGCUCUUCAACAUGGACUGGAGCUGCCCGUGUCCCAACAUGACCACAGUGGACGGUCAGCUCAUCAUCAUGGGAGACGUCCACAACGGCAUGGCUGUCCUGCAGCCAGACAGCUUUGUGGGCACCUCCAGCAUCCGGCGCGUACGGAAACUCCGUGAAGUCAUCCACAAGAAAACCUGUGAGCUUCUGAAAGAGUUUCUAGGAUUGCAUUAACCUCCUUCACACAUGUCAGCCUUCCAGACCUGUGUGUUACGUAGGGCUAACAAGGGCUAGGCUAGUGCACAAACUAAACAAGCUGCUUGAAGAUACACUGUAGGAAUUAUGCAGAACCCUUAUUUUAAUCCAUUAAUGAUGCUUAGCAACAAUGUAGUAUGGUCUUUGGCAAGCACAUAAAACAGCAGCAAAAGGCUAUUAAUCUUGCAUUGAAAUAAAUUUGUCCAUAUAGGAAUGCCAUUUAA